AUGAAUGUGUCAUUGACAACCGAGCGCCCCGAGAAACUCAUCACUGGUGCUGGUAUGGAGACGGCCGAUACACUUCCUACCAAGGUCUGUGUCACGGUUUUGUCCCGAGGAGUGAAAAGGACGACCAGACUCGUCAUUGGCACGCAAUCCUGCAAUGCUUUGGUGACCUCGUCCCUCCGUUUGGACUUGUCCGAGCAAAGCUUCUGUUGGCGGAACGACAUUGUCCUUUGUGCUAUCCAGUACCGACGAUUCGAACGCGACCAGGAUCUUUCUGGACCAAGAAUCCCAUCAAGCCAUUUCUCAAGAAGCCAUGCAUGCCAGCCCUAUUUGAGCCUCAACUUGACCAACUUUGACCAGUGUCACUCGGGAAACGGGACAGCAGCAGGAGCAUUCCUCAAGAUUAUGUCUAAGGAGAUUUUACAGAACGGAUCCAAGGCCAUUCUUGAAUUCAGCACAGUACAGGAAUCGCUGGCUCGAAGCUCUUUUCACAUCAAAAACUUGAGGGGCAACCCUAUCGAAUCUAACGGAGCUCAAGCACUCUAUGAGGCACUCAUGGUGAACUCGACCCUGACCACUUUGGACUUGGAGGACAACUCGAUCGGAGACAACGGAGCUCAGGCGCUGUCCGAGGCACUCAAGGCCAACUCGACUCUGACCACUUUGGACUUGUCGCGCAACCCUAUCGAAUCUAACGGAGCUCAAGCACUCUCUGAGGCACUCACGGCGAACUCGACUCUGACCACUUUGGACUUGUCGCGCAACCCUAUCGAAUCUAACGGAGCUCAAGCACUCUCUGAGGCACUCACGGCGAACUCGACUCUGACCACUUUGUCCUUGGGGGACACCUCGAUCGGAGACAGGCGCUAUCUGAGGCACUCAGGACCAACUCGACUCUGA